AUGGCUACUUCCAACACUUCGCGUGGACUACUCGACCUCCCAGCGGAGAUAUGGUCGCACGUCGGAAAGCUCGCCAUUGACGCUUCACCAGUCAUCGACAACGAAGCGGUGGAGCACUGUACAGUCUCUCAUCAGCAGACGAGACACAGCGCUCGUCAAGGCCUUCGCGUCUAUCAGCCACCGAUCACCAAAGUCUCCCGCGCGCUACGCGAGGAGUUGCUGCCAUACUACUAUCAAACGAAGAUCUGCAUCUGGUGGGACAUGUGCAGCAUCCUGAACAAGCGGCAUCUAUUGGGCUGGCUCAAAGCCAUCGGCGAAGACAAUCGGCGCAACCUGGGUGGCUUCUACUUCAGCCUCUCGAUACACUCGACCACAAGCCAUGAUUGGCCGAUAAGACGACUCAGACAGACUUUGCGCGCAGGGUGCGGAGCUGAUGUUGUACUACGCGGGACUCAAAGUACAGUGGACGGACACAGAAAGUUCAGAGUCGAGUUUCUGUCAUGA